ACACCCUACCAACCACCACCAAAGAUGGCCCAGAAACCAACCAACCUCCUCCUUCCCACCAACACCCUCGCCGGCGCAAUAACCCCCUCCGGCCUCACCCCAACAACCCGCUCCGAAGCCGAAGCAGCCCUUACCCACAACACCUCAACCCAGACCGACUCCGCCGCACCCCCUUUCUCUACAACCUCCACCAACCCACGCCGUACAAACCUCAUCCGCGCCUCGUCAACACACUACGAAGCCGCCCUCCAAGAAGCCCACGAUCAAGCCUCUGCAUCCUCCGACCUCUCACUCUCGUCACCCACUCUUCCUUCUACAGCUGACUUCCCCGCACCGGGCGAGGGCGUGGUGCCGCGACAUGCGGGUGUUAGCGUGGGCGGUGGACAAGCGGAGAUGGUGAGGAAGGCUAAGCCUUUGGGGCUGUCGUUGGAGGCGUUGGGACGGGGACCCAGUUGGAGUGGGCAGGAUUAUAAGAGGGUGCUUCAGGGCCCGCUUAUGGGGGAGCUCAGGGAAGAUGAGGCGGUUGGAUACGAGAGUGCUGGAGAGGGUUUGAAAUGA